GUCAGCUCUUUCUAACAGGGGAUCCCCCUGCCCAGCCUCCUUCUCAAGGCAUUCAGUCCAGGCCCCAGGGCUUCCUCCUCCCCCAGCCACAUUUCCCAACCCCAAUUAAUCACAGGGUGGCCCCAGGGAGGAGGAAGGCGAUGACAUGGCUAACCAUAAAGAAGCAGGGACAGCAGAGCCAGACGCCAGGACCCAGGCACCCAGAGGUCAUGAAGCUGGGGUUUGUCUGUGCUCUGCUUUCUCUGCUGGCAGGAAACAGCUGGGCAGACACCAGAGCCAUUGGGGCUCAGGAAUGCCACCCCAACUCGCAGCCCUGGCAGGCAGGCCUCUUCUUCUUCACCCACCUCUUCUGCGGGGCGACCCUCAUCAGUGACCGCUGGCUGCUCACAGCUGCCCACUGCUACAAGCCGUAUCUGUGGGUCCGCCUCGGGGAGCACCACCUCUGGAAAUGGGAGGGCUCAGAGCAGCUGUUCCGUGUCACGGACUUCUUCCCCCACCCCGGGUUCAACCAGGACCUUCGAGCCCAAGACCACAAUAACGACAUCAUGCUGAUCCGCCUGCCCAGGAAGGCACGCCUGGGACCUACUGUGCAGCCCCUCAACAUCAGCCAGACCUGCGUCUCCCCGGGCACCCAGUGCCUCAUCUCAGGCUGGGGGGCCGUGUCCAGCCCCAUAGUGGAGUACCCACUCACACUGCAGUGUGCCAACAUCAGCAUCCUGGAGCCCAGACUCUGCCGGCGGGCAUACCCUGGCCAAAUCUCCAAGCGUAUGCUCUGUGCCGGCCUGUGGGAGGGGGGCCGUGGCUCCUGCCAGGGCGACUCUGGGGGCCCACUGGUUUGCCACGGGACUCUGGCUGGUGUGGUGUCUGGGGGCUCGGAGCCCUGCUCCCGACCCCGGCGCCCCGCCGUCUACAGUAGCGUUUGCCACUAUGUGAAGUGGAUCAGAAAGACGAUGGAGAAAUACUGAGCCCUUGCGCCUAGGAUGACCAGAGGCGGAGGGGGGUGCAGGAUAACGGGGUCCAGCCUCAAGGGUCUCCACCACCGGUGCCCUCCCUCA